CUCUGGAGCUGGUCUCCACCAAACUCAAGAGACAGACUGCUGGACAUUCAAACAACCUGCAGGGCAGGCAGAAAGCUACAGGCCCGUUCUCUGGAUCUCUAACCCGCCACUCAUGGACGGACACACAGUUGCUGCAGGCAGCGUUAUAGUGUCCAGGGCAGAUGAGCAUGAUGACAUCCAGAUGGACCAGACCGAACAUGUUCCUGUGAAGAACCGUGUGGCUUUGUACCAAGCUGCGGUCUCCAGACAGGACAGGCCUGACUCCACCUCCAGUGGGGUCAUGGAGGAAGCUGAGGUCUGUUCCCUGCCUGGAGGGCUUGCCAGCAUACGCCGACAGUUUGAGAGCGAGGACGUUUCGACCGCUCACUCGCUCACCCAGUUUCACCUCACACACAGAUCUGUGCAGGAGGUGUCACAUUCAUCAGUGAUGAGUAUGGUGAACAGCAGCGGGGGUCGACAGGUCUCGCAGCAGGUCUUCCUCCAGGAUGAAAGGGCUGCACAUAAUCAGAUCUCUCACCGAGAGCUUGUUUCCAGUUAUGAGAAUCACAACAAUGAAUCCGAGGAGGAAGAAAACUAUCAGCGGCUCUCGACUAAAGAACUGGCACAGCAUUUUGAGAAGACUAUUGAAGAGGCCGCCCCGAGCAAGAAAAUUAAGAUUGAGCGUAACAUCACCCGUUCACAGCUGCCAUCAGAUGUUUCCCAUCAAGCCGUGAGAAGCGAAAUAUCUGAGACUUUGAACACCACUUCCACAGAAAAUACAGAACCAAGCUCAUUUUCUGCUGUUGAAGAUGAUGAUGAAGAUUUCGAUUAUCUGCCACCACCCCCACCGGACUUACUGGAGGAACCCUCCGAAGAGAUGGAAAGUUUCCCUGAACCCCCAAAAUACCCAUCAGACUUACUGGAGGAACCAUCGGAAGAGGUGGAGAGUUUCCCUGAACCCCCAAAACAGCCAUCAAAACAAAUACUAAAUAAGGAGCAUUACCUCAGACAAAGAGAGUUAUUAGAACUUAAACGCCUCUGCAAACACAUUCACCCUGAGUUCAGGAAAGAUUUGGAGAGAGAUUUCUACUAUGACAUCACUGGGAUGGAUGAGGACACAGAAGCGGUCGGAGAAGUUCAGGAAGCAGCGUACCAGUUUGAGAACCCCAGCAGCAAUUCAAACAACAGCUCGGAUCAGGAGUACCAGGAGUGGGAUGAGAUUUUCAGAGGUGAGGUGCAGUCCAGGCGCUGGAUGUUUGAGAACAAGCCUUUGGACUGCAUUAAAGAUGAUUCUUCAGAUAAUGAGGAGGAUAGCAAAAAAAUAGUUCAGCGGGAAAUCAUCGCUGGAGGUGAUGUGAGGAAUACCGCUUUGAUGUUUGAGACGCAGCCUGUGGAUACGCUGGGGCUGGAUCAUAAUUCAGCUAAACGCAAUUAUUUAGUAAACGAAGUGGGAAAAAAAGAUGUACGUGCGGCGGCCUGGAUGUUUGAAACGAAGCCAAUGGAUACGCUUAAUAAAAUACAUGCCGAUGAGGAGCAAACCAAAGAAGUCAUCUUCACGCAACAAGCAACCGAAGGGGAUGUGAAGUCGGUCAGGUAUAUGUUUGAAAACCAAGAAAUGGAUUCUCUGGGUGACACAGAAACCAUGGACGAGAAGCAGCUUUUAAUCCUAAAGUCUGUGAUGGAGGAGAUCAAGUCAGAAGUAAAGAAAAUCAUAUGGCUCUUUGAGACACAAUGCACUUGUGUCAUGAGAGAGAACUCGGGUGCAAUGGUUCUUGUUACGUCCGUCCGUAGAGAAGAGACAGAGAAAGGAGACGUUAAAACGUCACGAUGGCUGUUUGAGACCCAGCCUUUGGAUAGGAUCGAUCAAGACCUCUCUAAGGUUAGGCUCAUCUCAAGUAUUUCCAUGGAGCACAGCCGGAUUGGAGAGGCGAAAGCAGGAAGAUGGCUGUUUGAGACAAAGAGACUAGACUCCAUAAAUGCUCAGUGGGAAAGUCUUCAAAAUCAGCAGAAAGAAGAGAUCCUUGGGGCGGAUGUACGCAGACACUGUGAGGUUUUCGAGACCCAGCCCAUGGACACACUUAAAGAUGAUUCCAAUUCCAGGCCUGUACCCACAGAGGAAAUUAUCGGAGGAAAUGUGCGCUCUGUGAGACACAUAUUUGAAAGCGGUCCAGUGGAUGAGCUGAAAGAACUGCCUGAGGUGGGAAAACUUAAAAAAAGGUUGGGAGUCGAAGAAGAAAAAGGUGAUCUUAGACACCAGAACUGGUUGUUUCAAAAUAAGCCUCUGGAGAACAUCGAAGAUGAAGAUGAUCAGAUAGGCCGACUUAAGAAAACUGUAACGUCAGAUGAAGAAAAAGGUGAUGUAAGACAUCAAAGAUGGCUGUUUGAGAACCAACGUUUGGAAGACAUUAGAGAGGAAACGAAAGAGUUUAUCAAAACAAUUGACACUGAACAAAUCGAUAGAAGUUACAGGGGCGAUGUACGUAGGAAUUGCUGGGUGUUUGAGACGCAACCGAUGGACAUUUUAAAGGACGAUUCCAAUGCCAGACCUGUGGAUGCAGAAGAAAUAAUUGGAGGUGAUGUUCAAUCUGCCAGACAAUUUUUUGAAACUGCUCCAAAAGAUGAAAUGAAAGAGCUCGCAGAGGUGGGGAAGCUCAAAAAAACAAUGACGUCCGAGGAGAGAGGGGACGUUCGACACCAAAAGUGGCUGUUUGAGAGCCAGCCGCUGGAGCAGAUCAGAGAAGAGAAAAGGGAAAUAACAAGAACUGUGAAUGUGGAGGACCUCGAAAAUGUAGAUGUAAGCAACUACAAGCAAAUCUUUGAAACUUACGAUUUGAGCCAGUUUGACGAAAAACAAAAAAUUCAAGUUGAGGGUGUCACCACUGGGUCUGUGAGAUCAAAUAAAGAUCUGUUUGAGUCCAUGCCUUUAUAUGCCCUACAAGACAGCUUGGGCCAUUAUCAUGAAGUCAGAACUGUACGCAGAGAAGAAAUUGCCAAAGGAGAUGUGAGAAGCUGCCAGUGGAUGUUCGAAACUCGCCCUAUUGACCAAUUUGAUGAGAGUAUCGCCAAAUUUCAGAUCAUCAAGGGCAUCACCCAACAAGAAGUAGAAUCUGGUGACGUCAAGACAGCAAAAUGGCUUUUUGAAACCCAGCCUCUCGAUGCUAUUAAGUAUUUUAGUAAUAUUGAAGAUGAGGAGCAGGUCACUAAAGAAACAACAGAAAUAGUAAAAGGUGAUGUAAAAACCUGUAAGUGGCUUUUUGAGACCAAACCUAUGGACAUGCUUUAUGAAAAAGAAGAGCUGAGGAGUGAGAAAGACAGCGAAGUUCGAAAAGGUGAUGUGAAGACAUGCACUUGGCUCUUUGAAUCACAAAAGCUGGACAACAUACAGGAGAACUCAGAAACCGUGUUAAAAACUCGGACUGUGAAUCAAGAGGACAUUCACGGGAAGGAUGUAAGCAUGGCACGUGUUUUAUUUGAGAACAUUACCGGUGAAGAAACAGGGUCCUUCAAGAGUGUGACAGAGAUAGAUAUUCAGUCUGGGGACGUGUCCCGGAUGAAAUACAUAUUUGAGACCCAAUCUUCUGAUGUGAUGAGUUCAACCUCAGAGGAUUUCAUGAGACAGCUGAGGAACGCUCAAGCUGAUGAUAUACAAAAAGGAAAUGUUGUAAACUGCAAGUGGCUAUUUGAAAACCAGCCCAUAGAUGCAAUCUCAGAGACUUCUGCUGAGCUGAAAGGAACACGCACGGUACAAGAUAUUCAGGGAGGGAAUGUUGAUAAAGGCAGGUUAAUUUUUGAAACCCACUCAUUAGAUCAGAUUCAGGAUGAAUCUUCUGAGUCUGAAAUAGGAAAACUUCAGAAAGUUGUGCGAGAGGAUGAGGAGAAAGGAGAUGUGAAAACGUACGCCAUGAUGUUUGAGACUCAGCCUCUCUAUGCCAUUCAGGACAAAGAAGGCCAUUACCAUGAAGUGACUACACUUACAAAAGAGGAGAUACAGAAAGGUGAUGUGGUUGGAGCCCGCUGGCUGUUUGAAACUAAGCCUCUGGACUCGAUUAGAGAGACAGAUGAGGUCUACCUCUUAAAGGCUGUUACAGAAGAAGACAUCCAAAAAGGUGACGUCAGCUCAGCGAGGUGGAGGUUUGAGACCCAACCCCUAGAUAAGAUCGCAGAAGAUGCGAAAAUAUUGAAUAAAACUGUGGAGGACGUUCAAGGAGGUGAUGUUAAGACGAACAAAGAGCGUUUCGAGUCUGAUGCAAUUUCUCAAAAGUUGGUACGUACUGUUAGCAUGAGUGAAAUUCUUAAAGGAGAUGUGAGGACGGCGAAAUGGAUGUUUGAAACUCACACAAUCGAUCAGAUCCAUAACGAAAAUUCAGCAGAUGAGAUGAAAACUGUUGUCAUGAACGAACAGCUGAAGGGGGAUGUUAAACAGUCUGUUUGGCUAUUCGAGAAGAAUCCACUCGAUCAUUUGAAAGAAAGUGAUGAAACUAAACCAGUACAGCGUGAAGAAAUCCCCAAGGCCGACGUGAAAACGACAACAUGGCUUUUUGAAACCACUCCGUUCACAGAAUUUAAUGAGAGCAGUGUAGAGAAAACUGAAAUUAUUGGUAAAAGUGUAAGAGCGACACUUGAUGAACUGUACACACAGAGAAUGGUGGACUCCAAAGGCAUCAUCAUAGAGGCAGAUGAAAUUGGAGAUGUUCGUAUGGCUAAGUACAAUCUAAUGAAUAAAGAGGCUCCCCAGAUCCAAAAAGAAGAAAUCAUUAGAGGAGAUCUACAAAACAUCAUGAUGAACCUCCUCAACAGACAGGAGAAAAUUGAGAAGGGAGUCAUUAUAAAUGCAGAGGAGAGAGGAGACAUCAACAGCACAGUGAACCAGCUGUUUCACCAGCAAAGUGACACCACAGUGGAGAAAGAGGAGAUAAUAAGAGGUGACAUUGAAGAAGCCUUGAACAAUCUGCUUAAAGAGGAGAGCACAGCCAAACGGGGUAUUCUGAUUCAAGAAGACGAAAAGGGAGAUGUCCGUAUGACCAUUUACUCUUUAUUUCAUUCACAUGAGGAAUCAAACAGUAUGAAAGAAGAUAUAGUCAAAGGGAAUGUAAAGGGGUGCCUGGAGAAACUUUGCAAUCCAGACACAGAGGGGAUUGUGAAAAUGAAAGUGGAUGACUCAGAAAAAGGUCAUGUGAGAUUUUUUUCAACGUGUAUCGAGUCAGGUUCCCUGGAUUACCUCAAAAACCUGCAGCUCGAGCCAGAUGAGGCCGAAACAGGUAAAAUUGAAAAAGAGGAAAUCAUCGGAGGUGAUAUUAAAGGAAUGAAACUCAGUCUGACACUUAAUCAAGCACAAAUCGGUCGUCUGGUCGACAGAGAGGAUAUAGUCCCGGGAGAUGUUCAUAACGCAGUCAAAGUUUUCAUGACUGAGCCUACUGUCUCAUUUGAUCAUUUAGAGAAGGAGAUUGUUAAAGGAGACCUGCAAGCUGCUAUGAACUCACUGUCACGCUCCAUAAACCAGUCGGUUGUUCUGGAGAAAGAAGAGGUUGUUAAAGGUGAUAUACAUACAACCCUGAGGUCUUUAGAGGAAGCCCAAAAUCAGCCCAAAGAAGUGGAAAAGCAAGAAAUCAUUCCUGGUGAUAUCAAAGGAGCACUAAAAGCGCUCAAAGACUCGGCCUCCACCAAGGUGGAAGUUGUCGUGGAAGAUUUAGUGCCAGGUGACAUCAAAGGUAUGUUAAAAUCGCUGGAGGAGGCCAAGUGUGCAGUUAGAGAGGUAGAGAGGGAAGAGAUAGUAAAGGGUGAUGUUCAUAUGGCAAUUCAAAGCCUACAAGAAGCUUCAAAUGAGGUCAAAGUUUGCCAGCAGGAGAUUGGUGUCCAGGGGGAUGUGAAAGGUACGAUUCAGCUCUUACUCGAACCUCCUUCCUCUCCCAGAAUGCAACGUAGGGCUAGCACAGAGGGGGAUGUGAAGCUUUCCAUAAAAUCACUCUACGAGACCCAAGAGCAAGUUCAAUCAGAGAAAGAAGAUGUGAUAAAAGGGGAUGUUAAGGGCACGAUAAAGUCCUUAAUGGAAACAGCGCAGCGUGCAAGCCCAACGAUUCCCCGGAGGCAACCAAUAAAAAAGGUCAAAGUUCCCAUCAAAACCCAGCCUCCAUCAGAGAUGCAGACACAGAAGCCCACCCCUGCAGUAAAAAAUCUUAAUAUUAGCAGUGAGUUUCAGAAAAACACCAGAAAGCAUGCUAAAUCCAUGCAAAACAAAUGUACGUCUCGGGAGAGCAAAACUAUCACAGGUCAAACCACAACAUGCAGCCAGGAGACAAAGACCACAGUGUUGGAACACAAAACAAUAGUUCAGACGCAUGGUGUCAAAACUUUAAAGACGGACUUCCGUAACCUCAAAAGCAGUCGCAAGGGUCUAAUCAGACUGGAUAAAACGAAAUCAAAGCAGCAGGAAAUCUGUCUGCCGCCUCCACCAUCUGAGCCCGAACCUCCUUUGCCACCUCCUCCUUCACCUUCUCCAGAUUAUGAUAGCAUUUGCUUUCCCACUCCACCGCCGAGCAUCAAAGGUGAUCAUGAUCUUCCUCUUCCCCCCACUCCUCCUCCAAUUUGUGACCCUGCAAAGUCAGAUCUCGAUCAUUUCCCUCUUCCACCAACCCCACCUCCUCCUCCAGCCGACUCUGAGCAUGACCUUUUACCUCCCCCUCCCACCGAGCAGGAGCUUGAUUUUCUGCCUUUACCGAACAUAACACCAGCCAAACCUACUAAAAUGACUGUCAAACCUGUCAAAGCUCCAAAGUUGUGCAAAGUACCCAAGCUUGAGCCAGCAAUAUCCUAUGACAAAAUAGACAUACAGGCUGCAAAAGUGACCAAGCACAAGGAAACGGUGACAAAUGUCAGCAAAAAGGUGACUCAGAGCACAACCUCAUCAGUCAAGUCCACGCUUAUUUCCUCUGAAAUUCAGUCGGCCCUUAUGAAACAGCCGCCAGAGUCUCCGCGGCCUCCCAAGAAAGUUUUUGCUCCCUUGAUGCUCACCCCACCUGCCUCUCCACCGCCAAGCAAAUCCCCAGUAAGCAAAUUCAAAACCCCAUUAAUACAAUCCGAACAGAAGUACAGAGAGCAAAGGGGGGGCAGCUGCACACCACCACGCUCCCCUGCUUUUGAAAUCCACAUGCACGAGUCAGUCAGCGCAGCUCUUGAAAUGCUUUCUUCAGAAAGUGUGAGCGCGGCACGAUCAGAAGCAGGCAUAUCAUUUGAUUUCAAUCAAAGCAGUGUGACCAAAUCUGAAUCUGCCACAGAAUCGUAUGAUUCACCCAUGCUGGCUCUCACAGACGCUCCCUUGAGCAAGGAUUUGAUCACUGCCACAAAUGAGAAAUCUCAUUUAGAAUCUUUUCUUAUUUCCUCCGACAAACCAAAAAUUACCUCUAAUCAAUCAUCGCAGUCAUCUUCUGGUAAACCGCAGACCACCACCACUUCUACUAAAAAGAAAAAGAAGAGGUCAGUGACCACCAAUGUACAACAGGUUACGUCUGUAACUCAGACAAAGACGGAUAUUAACAAUACAACAGGUAUAAAGGCUGCUGUCGAAACAGAUAAACCUCAAACUGUCUCUAAAAAUGAAUCUGUGCAUGAAGCCACUGAGGCUGUAGAAAAACAUACAGAUGUCAGUCAAGCUAAAGAGAAGAUGGAGGAGAAAACCAGUGAGGAAAGUCAAGAAAAAACUUCCCCUGAUCGAUCCAAACCUAAGAAAGAGAGUCAGAUUAAGGAUGCUGAGCAGAAGGUGCAAAAGGCCGACAGUCAAAAGGCAAAGAAAGUUAGCAAGAGUGUCAAGCUAGACAGCAAGGAGAAAACUACAGUGGAGCAGACACAGAGUUUAAAUGUAAUGCAGGAUAAUGUCCAAGUGACAAAGAGCAGAGAAAGAAGCCCGACGGAGAGUAAAGUAGAGAAAGAGACCAAAGAGAAAACAGAGGAGCCACCCGCUACGCCAAAGAAGAAGAGGAGGAGUAAAAAUAAGAAGGAGAAAGAGGCAACACAGCAAAGCAGCACAGCUGGUGCUGUAUCUGCUGUAUCUACAUCUCUCACAGAGGCCAAGCCUGCUGAGUCUAAAUGUCUAAUCUUACCAGAUAAUAAUAAACAAGAGGAAAGCAGUGUUGUACAAACACAGCAGACUGUUCAUGAGGGACACCCAGAGGUUUACGAGAAGGGCAUCGUAAAAACUGAAAAUUCAGUCCAACAGCAGAGUUUUCAGGAAAGCCAGGAAAAUGAAAAUCUUCCAGUAGAAACAACAAACAAAUCUGCAGAAAAGCAAACAGCUGAGUCCUUGGCACAGAGCUCCGCUGCAUCACUAAAAGAAGAUGAAGCCCAGAAGAUAUUGUCUCAUAUCACAGAUUUAGAGGAAGUUAAAGGAAAAUUUGACUUUAAAUCUGUUAAGACAUUGCUUAAUGAAAUGCCAGCCUGCCUUCUUGGACCGGAGGAGAAGAGUGAAUUGGAAGCCGCAGCGUUAGAGCACAACGAACAGAAACUGAAAGAGCAUCUCGCUCAUGUUAAAAGUCUUAUUCAAGCUAUGUACUUCGAUGGUGACUCCACCUCUAUUGAAAAGCACGAAUGUGAAGCCACAUCAGAAACGAUCGUCUCUGAAGGAGCAACGCAAAGGAUUUCAAAGAUUACCAUUGGUUCUACGAAGUGUGAAACACAAAAGACAGUUGAGGAAGAUGUGAAGACAACACGAAAACGCAAAAAGCAGAAAAACGGUGCCAUUAAAAGCCUCGACCCCAGAGCCCCAUCCCCUUUGUUACGAAUGCGUUCUCCUUCACCGACAUUUAUAACCAUCGAGUCCAAAAAAAGAACGGACUCCCCACAAAGAACGGCUCCGCCACCUUCUUCAACACCCCCAACGCCUCCGCCACGCAGGUCUGAGACCCCUCGCCUAAGCAGAGCUUCUCCAUCGCCUUCUUCAAACAGAGCAGAUAGUCUGACCCGUCUCAGAAACGCCACAGCCACGCUUUCUCGUGGAGCAUCGCCCGACCCGGUUGCUUGCAUGGUACAGGUCUGUGGAAAGAAAGCUGAAAUUGUGGAAUCUCCUGUCACGUUUCAUCGGCAGAUUAAAAUCGACUGUAAGCCCGCUGAAGACCAAAAUGUCAAGGAAGAGACAAUAGAGGCUUUUAAAAAGGAGGUGGUGACAUCACGGGUGUCUGAGGAAGCUCAACAAGUGAAAAAAAGAAAUAGCAUUGAUGUUUCUGAGCAUCCCAACACAGAUCACACAAAUUUGGAAAUUGCAAUAAAAGAGAAGGAAAAUCUGUCUGAUCAGAAACUAUCAGAAGAGAAAGUUAUUAAAAUAGACCUAAUUGACAAAACAGAGAAGCUUGGAAAUGAAACUGAAGACCAGGAGCUUGAUACGGAGAAUAAAGCGAGUCAACAAGAGGAUGCGCCUGCUUUCAACAUCAAGGAUAUUAAAAAUGUAUUUGAAAUGGGUGAGCAAAGUUCCCCCAUCAAAGCGCUGGAAAACAAACAGGAGGAACAAGAGUCAAGAGUGAGUCAAAUUGCAUCUGAAAGUUCAAAGAGUGAGGUUUCUCUUGAGAGUGAACGAUGCUCCCAGCGCAGCUCCCCUUCGUCUACACGCAGAGAUGACGCGUCUGUCGAUCCGACAGGCUUUUCAGAAACAAAAACAGUCACUGAACAUUAUUCUUCUGGUACGAAAAUUGUCGAAUCACAAAGCACUACGAUGGUUUCCAUGCACACUCAAAGUGUAACAUCUCAUCGGGUGCCUUUCUCGUAUGCCGAUGCCGUGAAGAAAACGACUGCAGAGGAGAAGGCGACACCUGAGGCUUCUGCAGAGGAACUCAUGAAAAACUUUCACAAGACAUGGACAGAAAGUGAGAGCGUGUUUAAAAGCUUAGGUGUCACAGAUUCGAGUACCAAAGUCGGAGAUGUGUGCAGUGUGCAAGAAGAGGGUUUAUCCCAUGGAAGGCCUGAUAGCAGACAAAAAGAAAUUCCAUAAGUCCUGUUUUUUCUGUGAACAAUGUAAAAAUAAAUUGAGCCUUGGAAACUUUGUCUCCCUCCAUGGACAUUUGUACUGCCAGCCACAUUAUAAGCAACUCUUCAAGUCUACGGGGAAUUCCGAGGAGGGAUUCGGACAAGGAUUGCAGCGGGAUUUAAUGGCCACCCGGAAUGCGAGAAAUACAGGAGACUGGAGACAUUCACUCUCACAAAGCAGCAUCUGGUCGCUGACGGACACGUUUGAAAACGCACCAAAUAAACCGGAUGAGAAACUCUGUCAAAACCCCAACAAAGUGUCUGUCAUGUGGCCCCCAUCAAAAACGACUCCGGAUAGGAAAUUAGUGAAACCGGUUUGGCCCCCAAAGAGCGAAACUUCAAAGUCUCCAAAACACCAAAGACGGAAAACAUCUGAGAGGAGCACACUUUUGGAGGAAUGAAGCGGAGAGAGAGAAGAACUGGAGGAGAGAGGGAAUCUGUCAGGACAACAUGAAGGAUUAGGGAGACUUUAGAAACAGAAAAGUACAUUACAAUGAUGAAGAGCUUUGAAUGCAGGGUGAGAAUCUCGCUCUCGGACGGAUAGAGAAAGGUGGAGAGAAAGACAAUGGAGGUGAAGAGGUAACAGAAAGUUGAUAACGAUUGUGGGAAAUGACAGAUGUGUUGUAUAUUCAGUUGAAGACAACAUUUUUAGCCCCCUUGGUAAAUAUGAUAAAAGACAGCUGGGAAAAGAAAUCUGAAUUUGUAUCUUUUAUUAAAAAAAUUCACAAAAAUUCAAUGUUUCAUUUGAUGAAAAAUAUUUGAAAGUGGGGGGAGCUAUCAUAAAAAAUUUUUUCUCAAAGCCACAAUUAUUGCCCCCAUCAUUUAAUAUACUUUUCUACUUUCAUUUGCAAGGAUAACAGCUUAGAGUCUUCUCUUAUAAUGUCUGAUGAGGUUGAAGUAUUCAUGGCAAGUGAUUUUAGAUUAUUCCUCCAUACAGAAUUUCUCAAGACCCUUCAUAUGUUGCUGCUCUCUACUCUCCAGUCAUUUUCUGUAUGGUUCAGGGGUGCGUUUCCCCAAACCAUCGUUAGCCAACUACGGUCGCAAGUUCAAUCGUUUCAGCAUAAUUCACAGAAGACGGUGUUUCACGAAACCAUCGUUGCAGCGGUCAUUCACUAACUGCAUCGCAAAGUUGUGUCAUUGGUACAACAGCUGUUCACCUGUCGUUAGAAGCAUUGUUCCUUGUUAUUAUAAUAUGUAGACUUACGUUGAUCAUGCUUUUGAUCAAAAUAAGCAAAAAAAAACAUGUAGUACAGUCUAUAUCCAUCAUUCUAAAUAUAUUAAAAUGUUAUGUUACGUCUUUUAGUUUGUAAACAGAAUUAAAGGGCUGCAUUUGAAGACUGCGCAGUCCUACGAGCUUUAAGACCCUGGGGAAUCCCUGGGAUGAGUGACGUAAGAGGGAACUUGCCCAUUAAUUAAAUAUCUUGAAAAUAAACAAGAGAUAGCUAAAUCAGUCUUCCGAUGCAAUAUAUGUUAUUUACAGCAAUACUCUGACUUUGAAUCGAUUUGCACAGAUUAAUUAGUACUUCACCUCCCACGUGACAUUAUCAACUAUGUUGUUGAACCAACAUGGUUCAUACGACGAAUGUGCGACAAAGUUACUAUGCUUUUGGGAAACAGUCGUGACAAGGAAGUUUGUUUCUCCAACUAUGCAUCGUACUAUGUUGGUUUUUCGGGAAACGCACCCCAGGUCAGGAACUGGGAUGGCUUUGGCAGAACCUUGAUUUUGUGCUCAGUGGCCCAUUUGUUGUUAAUUUUGAUGUUUGUUUUAAACCAUUUUUUGAUGGAAGAUUUUACCAUGACCCAUUAUAAGAUUUCUAGCAGAGCAAGUCAGGUUUUGACUUUUUUAUUUGUUUGUAUUUAAUAUAAUUCAUGAUGCUAUGUAUCUGAAUAAGUUCCAAAAAUAUCAAAUUUGAGUUAUUUUGUGCAUAAAACAAGCAAUGGGGUAAGCAAAUUUUUCUUGACUUUUUCUUGAAUUUAGUGUUUAAGCAAAAAGUUCAAGUUUUUUUGCUUACCCCAUUGGCAGAUUUUUUUGCUUGUUUUAUGCACAAAAUCACUUAAAAUAGACUUAUUUUCUUGGGUCGUUUUGCUCAUCAAGAAAAAGACAAAAAUACAUUUUUUUAAGAACAUUUUUUCUUGAAAAUCAUUUUUUGCAGUGCAGGACCUUGGUUAUAAAAUUAGGUUAAAAACAAUUAAGGUCCAGAGAUAUAUUUGACAGUGGACAUGGAGCACUUUUUAAUCCCUGUGUGCACCAAAGCCAUCUUGUGUUCUUGCAGCAAAAACAAAUCUAUUUUUCAUAUGGCCAAAGAACCCAGUACACUUAAAGUUCCAGUAUUAAAGGGACACAAGGCAGCAUUUUUAUGUUAAUAAAUCAUCUUCGUAAGUCGGUAUAUGGUUAUAUGACUCAUUACAUGUCAUUACAUGACGAAUGAAGACUAUUUAUUUGAAAGCUUUUUGACCCCAAGAUUCAACUAAUUUCUCCAUUUGUGAUCUUUGGAUAGUCUUUGUCUACUCAAAUUAUUUUCCUUGCUGGGAAUUAAGAUGAUAUAGACACACAUUCUCUUUCAGGCAGAUUUCUAGCAGAAAAUGAGUUGCCAGUGUGUGCAGAAACAUCCUGUUAUUAUACAAAUCUAUCUACUCUUCUUUGUGUAAUCUCCUUUAAACCGAAACUGCCACACAAAACAGGUUGUUGGGGAUCCCUUAUCAAUUCAAUUUAUUUUUAUUUGUACAUAAUCAAUGUGACAUCAAUGUGAUGUCACAUUGAUUACGUACCAACUAUAACACUUACAAAUGUUUUACUUCAAUGAAACAUCAUAUUUUUUGUUUUGUUUUUAAAUUAAAGCUCAAAAUGAGAAACUUUGUGGAUUUAUUUUCAAAGCUUUCUUUGCUCAUAUUAACCAAGAGGCCAAUAUUUCUGUCCGCAACUGUAUAUUUAUAUAUAAAAAGCAGGAUCAGAAGGUAUGUUGGAAGAAAGAACAAAAUGAAAGUGAAUUAAUGAAAGGACAUUAAAUAUGUAAAACUCUUGAAUCGGCUAAAUUAAUCCAAACACUGAACUCAUGAAUAAAUCUCACAAAACAUUGAGGUGAUAUUUUACUUCAAAAUAUACAAUUACCUUUUGUUUAAAAGAAAAUGACCACUUUUUAGGACCAUUGGGACAUUUCUUCAUAACAAAUUAACAUGCCAGUAGGCUACUUUCUUUUGGUUUUGAAGUAACAUGUGACCUAGGCACGAGAUUCACCUUCAUAAAGGACAUUUAGUUCAAGGCUGGAUUGAUUUAUCAGGUGCCAAAUUUGUCUUUGCCAUUUCUGUACAUCUACUUAAACUACAAAUCUACAACCUUCAGUUCUUAAAUGGAUGUGUUGUAUUCAAAAUUAGAUGCAGAUUCUCUCUUGGAAAUGCUUUUGUAGUUUUUUUUUUGCAAUAUGCUUCAUAAAGUCCAUGGAGGGAGGACAAUUUAAACACUAAAUUGUACUCUUUUGAUUCACAUCCCUAUAUUUUUGUAUGCUUUAUAUGGUUAUAUACUAAGGAUUCCUAAAACAUUCUGCCUUUGAAAGCACCUGGAGUGCCGCGUGGACAGAAGAUGAACGAAACACAUUUGUAAAUGUGCAAGAAUCUCUUUUUAUGUUAAUGUCCUUCUCCACACAGAAACUAUUUUGUGAGGAGCAUUAUAUUUUUUGACUCGUCUUCUGUAAUUUGUACUGAACAAUCCCUGAUGUGUAAAAUGAAUCAGGCUGGUUCAUGAAGAGGUCUUGCUAAUUUAUUGAUUAAAUAACAAUAAAGAAGUCUUGAUGAUUG